UGAGGCGGCUGAGGGGUGUGGUUUUCCUUGUGACAGCACGCAAGGCGGGAGCACUCUGUUACUUCUCCUCUCACUUCCUGAAGUAAACACAGAGACGCUCUGGACCUUUGACACACUGAAUAAUACACAACAGCAGAGUUCACUUACUUGUGUCAAACAUGUUCCUGUGGCAGUAUCUGACUCCAUUCCUGCUGACAACACUUUACUUAUGCAAAGCACACCUUGUUGGGAGAUGUGAUAAAUUCACAGAUCUGAAUUUGGCUCAUGCAUUCCUUGGCACUAGCGUCAGAGUCAGGUUGUUGCUGUACACCAGGCAUAACCACACCUGUGGCACUCUUAUUUCUCACACCAAUCUAACCCAGCAUCCCCAGUUCAACUUGUCUCACACCACCACCUUCAUCAUCCACGGGUACCGGCCCACAGGAUCUCCUCCCACAUGGCUGCUGGACAUCACAGAGAGACUGCUGGUCAGGGAAGACAUGAACGUUGUGUUGGUGGACUGGAACCGAGGAGCUGCCACCCUCAACUAUCUCAAAGCUGUGGAGAACACACGCAAAGUAGCAGACAACAUCACAGCUUUCAUUCAAAAGAUGCAGGAUGGUGGUGCUUCUCUGAGUUCAGUUCACCUGAUUGGAGUCAGCCUUGGAGCUCAUAUAUCAGGCUUUGUGGGAGCUACUUUUAAUGGCUCUAUUGGAAGAAUCACAGGUCUGGAUGCUGCUGGGCCUGAGUUCUCGUACAAACCUCUAGAAGAGCGCCUGGACCCAACAGAUGCCCAGUUUGUUGAUGUUUUGCACACAGACAUAGACGCACUGGGCUACAAGGAACCUUUGGGUCACAUUGACUUCUAUGCUAAUGGUGGCAAAGACCAGCCUGGCUGUCCUAAGACCAUCUUCUCUGGAGGAGAAUAUUUUAAAUGUGACCACCAGAGAUCCGUGAUACUUUUCAUUGACACCAUUACUGGAAUAAACUCUGCACGGGCUUACCCUUGUUCGUCCUACAACGACUUCCUGGAUGGAAAAUGUUUAAACUGUGACAGCUUUGGUGAUGCUGGAUGUCCUCUUUUUGGGUAUGAUGUCAUACAGUGGAAAGACAUCCUGUUGAAACAGAAACAAGCUAAAUAUUAUUUCACCACAAAUGAUAAAUCUCCAUUUUUCAAAUCAAACUACUUGGUGGAUGUGAUGAUCUGGAGCAGGUCUUCACGUUGGGGAUACCUGACCGUUAAACUGAACAAUGGCACUAAAGAAGCAGUCGCAGUCAUUGAUCACAAAGAUGUCGAAUUCAGGAAGCACACUGAGACCAAACUGUUUGCUCAGUUUGACAAAGACAUAGAGUCUGUGAAGGAGGUCUCCCUCACGUUUUCCACUGGGAAAUUGCUCAAACACAUGCAGAAGCUCCGAGUCCUCAAAAUCCGUGUCACUAACCUGGAACACAAGGAGAAGCCUCUUUGUCGGUACGACUUUAUUCUUGAAAAGAAUCAUGAAGUCACCUUCAAGCUUCUUCUGUGUGAAGAAUCGUUGUUCUGAGACUGAACCAGAACCGUCACAUGACAAGAAGAGCAGCAACAUGCAGCAGCUGGUCGGCCACAUUUUUAGACUGUUAUCUGAUGUUGAAAUGUGAUAUUUUCCUCAUAUUGUACAUUUGCUUUUAGGAGAUGAUAAUUUUUGUAUGUUUUUUAAGAAUAAAUGUUUUCAAAAAGA